GAUGCUACCAUAUUUCUAAUGACCGAAAUCAAUCAGUAUUGAUUAUAUCAGGAUGUCAGCCGACUGUAAACCAUAUCCGUUCCCUGAUGGUUUGCAUUUAUUUGGACAGUUGGUGAUUGGACCUCCUGGUAGUGGAAAGACCACAUACUGUGCUGCAAUGCAUGAUUUUCUUGUAAAACUAGGUCGUAAAGUUGCUGUCAUCAAUUUGGAUCCAGCCAACGAUAGCCUACGUUAUCCAUGUGCCAUUAAUAUAGCCGAUUUAAUUCGUCUCGACGAGGUUAUGGACUAUCUUGGUUUAGGUCCAAAUGGUGGGCUUAUCUAUUGUAUGGAAUAUUUAUAUACUAAUCGAUGCUGGCUAGCAGAUCAACUAGCAUUAUUGAAACAAAAGGAUCCGAAAAUUUAUUUGAUAUUUGAUUUACCGGGUCAGGUUGAAUUGUACACACAUCAUCCUUGUAUGCGUCAACUUAUCUGUUAUCUUACAAAUAAACCAACCAAUUUGAAAAUCAGCACUAAUAAACAAUUAUCAUUACCCUCUUCAAUACAAUCAUCAUCGCCAUCAUCAUUAUUAUUACCUAAAAAUGAAUUACCCAACUCUCUUGAUUUACAUUUAACUUCAGUACAUUUAGUUGAUUCACAUUAUUGUUCAGAUGCUGGAAAAUUUAUCGCAUGUGUAUUAACUUCUCUAUCAGCUAUGCUACAAUUAUCUAUACCACAUGUAAAUAUAUUAAGUAAAGCGGAUUUAAUUGAACAAUAUGGUGAAUUAGAUUUUAAUUUAGACUUUUUUACGGAAGUAUUAGAUCUACAAUAUUUAAUUGAUCGUUUACACAAAACAAAUAAUGAUGGUAUUAGUGAUAAUAAUAAUAAUAAUGACCAGUUGUUAUUCAAUUGUAAAUAUACACGUUUAAAUCAAGCUAUCAUUGAUUUAAUACAAGAUCGUUCAAUUGUUCAAUUUUUACUAUUGGACAUACAAGAUCUUUCACAUAUAGAACGUGUUAUGCGUUAUGUGGAUCGUGCUAAUGGUUAUGUGUUUGGACCAAGUGAACAGCAUAGUCUUCAAAGUUUAUUACAUUCGGCUUCUGGCGUUGAACUGGCACCUGAUUGGAUAGGUAUGGUUCAAGAAAAAUAUAUGUCUAAAAAGACUGAUGAUAUUAAUAAUACUGACAGUAAUGAACGAAAUGAUGAUGAGCCUAGUAUUGAUUUAUUCGCUUAAGCUCAUUAGAUUGUAGUUAUGAAAGAAUUAUUCUAUCGAAUUCUUCUCCAUCUUUGUUUUUUUACUAGUAUUAAAUGUACAGUCAUCAGAAAUUGUCUUCAUCAUAAAGUCUUGUGUAAAUACUUGUCACUAUUUUACCUUCUAAUUAUUUAUCUGUAAUGUGAAAAACAGUAGAUAACCCUGCUGAUGUCAAUUUUGCAACCAUUUUAAGCACAAUAUUGUUCUGAUGACAUUUUACUUUGAAUCCAGAACAUUUAAAUGUGACUUUAAAAUAUGUUAAACUCAGUUAAUCCGAUAUGAAAUAAAUCCUAUUUUACU